GAUAUGAUUGUGCCUGGUUUGUUCAUUCUAGGAACAGCAACGUCCAUUUACUUUGGAUUCAAGCUUUACUGUAAUGACAGAUGGAGAAUGUGGAGGAUGAGGCAGAGACCAAUAUUCCGAGGAAGUGACAUCGAGGCAACCGUCCCUCCCACUACCUGGGUCGCAUCAUACAGAGUGGUAGAUGCAAGGACCAGUCCACUGUACCCUCCCUGUCUACUGCUGCCUCUAGGACCUCCAUCCUACGAGGAGGCACUCAAACACAAGGUGAUCCUCAGCAGUUACCAUCCUCCGGACAGCCUUCCCCAAGUGCCUCUGUGAUGUGGUGACACCUUACACUUCAACACUCUUCACGACAUACAUGGCUGUUAGAGAGAAGCGUCAUUCUUGUCUCUCUACGCUGAUCUGUACGAGGAUGUGCAUCCAACUCUGCUGGUGAAGAUGUCCAGUUCCUGCCAUCUGGAUCUGACUGUGCAGAGUGUUAUUCUCAUCCCACACAUUCUUGGGUGAAGAUACCCAGGGAAUGGAGAUUAAAGGUUCAGCUGCACUAGAUACGAAAAGGAUCUGACUGGAAACGGAUGGAACACAGAGGGCAAAUUCUGGGGCUAGUGCUACACUAGAUGGGACACAGAAUGGAAAAUACCAGGAAAAAAUUUAUUUUGGGAGUAUGGGUGACAAACAAUACACAACAGAGUAUGAAUUGCAUCUAACUCAAGGGUCUUUUUCCUCUCCUAUCGUGUCACGAUGUACUUAUUUUUGUAUUUAAAAUGUACAUCUUUAUCGAGUCCAGUUUGGAUACAAUGUUUCUGUUAACCACUUGAGAAUGCCAUUUUCGGCAAAAGGUAUGUAGAAAAUUCAAACAUUAUAUUUGAACUGGAGACAAGGUAAGAAAUAGUUUAGUUUAAAAAUGUUGAUUGAAUGCUCCUAACACAAAACUCUACGAGUGUCAUGGCAUUAAUUGAUCAGUCGCAAGUCAUGUCCUGUCUAGUGUGACAGUUUCAAUUUAAUUACUCAGAGAGCUUCACCAGAAACUUUCCAGUCAGUUUCCUUUCUGUAUCUUCUAUUGUCUAGUGUAGCCCAAGCUUUAUUGUGCAAAGUAUGUUCUAAUCCCAAACAUUCUUGGGUGUAGACACCCAGGAAAUGGAGAUUUAUGCUAUUGCUAUAAGAAAAUAAAGCUGAGGUUUGUAAGAAUAUACUAAGGAUACCAAAAGAUUUCAUUUUUAACGUAAGUGGUGGUUUUUGUGUGUGUUUGAUGACCAG